GAACAAACUAUUCUGAGGAUCAAAAAAAUCAUAGCUGCAAGAAGAAAACUCAUUUGACGGACAAUAAUCCGAGAAACCGCCAUGGAAACACACAGGAAUGAUGUCAUCGACCGGAUGAAGUUGAUGGACGACAGAUUGAAAUCAGAAGCCAAGGGUUGCGAUCUUGGAAAUAUAUUGGAGCCAGGCUGGUGUCCCGAGAUUUGGGAUGGGAUACUAUGUUGGAACUCGACGGCACCUGGACAACUGGCCGUUCAGCAGUGCGCCUCUUACAUCAUGGGUUUCGACGCUCGCGCAUUCGCUUCGAAGCAAUGCUUGCCGAACGGCGAAUGGUACUGGAACGUCAAAACCCAGAGCGUCUGGACCAACUUUAGCCAGUGCUACCAAGACCCAAUAGUCAUGAUGAACAUAUCGAAUGUAGAAACAAACAAUGCGACUCUUAUUAAGAAAUUCCUACCAGUCGUGAAGAUCAUCUCGAAACUAGGCUAUUCUGUCUCGCUGUUCACUCUCAUCAUUGCGUUUUGCAUUUUGGCCACCAUCAAUUUGUCUCCCAUCGGACGUAGGAAAUUACGAUGUCCUCGGAAUAUAUUGCACAUGCACCUGUUCGUCUCAUUCGUGAUGCGAGCGUUCAUGGCGCUACUGAAGGACAUGCUUUUCGUGUCCGGCCUCGGAGUGGCAGAUGCCGUGAUCAAAGUCACUGAGGGUUACUGGCUACUCGAUGAAAAGGAAAGCAACUGGCAAUGCAAGACAUUCACCAGUCUGUGGCAAUACUUCAUCCUAGCAAACUACUCCUGGAUCCUGAUGGAGGGUAUAUAUCUGCACAAUCUGGUCUUUCUGGCGCUCUUCACUGAUGCCAACUCUAGCAUUGUAGGCUACGUCAUUUUCGGAUGGGGUUUGCCAGCUAUAUUUAUCUUACCUUGGGUAGUGACGAGGAUCAUAUUCCAGGAUACAUAUUGCUGGACAACCAAUGAGAAACCUCUCUUGUUCCUCUUCAUACGGGUGCCCACGAUGCUCUCUAUUUUGAUAAAUUUCGUGCUCUUCAUCAACAUCGUGAGAGUACUACUAGUGAAACUCAAAUCUACCAUGUCGGAGGAAACGGAAAGAUACAAGCGAUGGGCUAGAAGCACGUUGGUCUUAGUGCCGCUCUUUGGGGUUCACUACGCGUUCUUUAUCUUUAUGUCGUACAGCAUCGGCGUAAACGAAACUGUAGAGGUCGUGUGGCUCUUCUGCGACCAGCUGUUCGCAUCUUUCCAGGGCUUUUUCGUGGCGGUGCUGUAUUGCUUCCUAAACGGCGAGGUGAGAGCUGAGGUAUCGAGAACACUUCGCGGCAUCAAAUGGGCACAUCUACGUGGAAAUCGGUGGGGUCAGAGAGCGUCGACGCAUUCGGUUAGCACGUGCAGUUGCAACAACUCGAAAGCCAGUGGUCGUCGGCAUUCAAGAAGAGUCAGGUGGUGGAAGUCACGCUGGAAGAUGCCCUCUUAUUUUUAUCAGGAUCGCGCUAUUCGUCGGUCCACUCACUCGAUGGCGAGUACACAAGAUGUUGGAACGAGAGGAGGUAGUUUAGCGAGCAGCCGGGGUUAUCUAGAGAUCGCCGGUGAUGGCCAGCCGCCGACGCAGCCGACGACGCAGGAUCAUCACCCUCAUCAUACAUCGCCUUUGUGCAGCAAGUACACACAUCAAUCACUACUCUCCUUUUGCUCGAUGUCGGAUGCGUCGGGGCCGAAUGUCGAUAAGAGUCGCGAUCAUCAUCGAUGGAGUGACUCCGAGUGCUGUCACCUCGCAUACGAAUUGCACAAUCUGCAGCAACAUCACGGACAUCCGUGAUAACGUCCCGCAUUUUACAAAAAAGAACACGUGUCGCUUAUCCCAUAAACGUUUGACGUACAUUUGAACGAACGCGCGUAUCAUUUAAAUUCUUCAAAAAGAGAAGAAUAGAAUUGAGAAUAUCUUUAAAUCCUGUUAUAAAUUUUCAAAAAAGCAAAAAGAUGGGGAAAGGACAUAAAGGUCUGUUCCUUCGCGCGUUUUCUUCCUCUGUCACAUCUUAAUUAGUAAGAGAGAUUGAGUCUUUUUCUUUUUUAGCUAUCGUCUCUUUCAUGGAAAUAUCAUUCGCGUAGCUAUCCGUGUCGUAGAUUAUAAUUCGUGCGAAUAUGUAUGAUAAUGUACAGAUAAUGUUCGAUAUUUUAGUACUUUUAGAGAUUCGUCGGAAUUUCCGAUAUACAAAGUAUCUCCCAAUGUACGUCGGUGUUUGCAACGCGACACUUACAACUAGAUUCAGACCUGCGAAAAUGCUGAAAACUGUUGAAAGCUCCGCUUUUUAUGAUUUCUAUACAUACGUAUAAAUAGUAUAAAUAAAUAAAAGCAGCUUGUUGAACUUUGAUAUGACCGUAUCGUGCAUUAUAGAAGUUUGUUAUCAGCAAUCCUAUUUGCAAGUAUGCUGUAUCGUAAACAUCGCGUAAACAUUAAAACGCUUUUAUAGAUACUUAUGUAAUUUAAGUCUGAUUUACUCUGAUGUGCUCUUUGCUUCCUGUUUUUUUUCUUCUUACCACUUCUUACCUUUUUGUUUCUUAUCCAAUUUCUUUAUUUUGUGUUGUCCGAGAUAAACAUUAACGAACUUCGGAAAAGAUGAAAAACACGUUACAAUAAAUUUUACACGUUACGUUUAAAUAUGAUUAUCGAUAGAACAGCAAAAAUGAAAAAAAGACAAGAAAUAAACGACAAGGAACAGGAAGCAAAGAACAUAUUGUAGAUUAGGUUUUGAAUGCUAUAAAAGUUCUGUUUUUAAAAACGAAAUAGACCCAGGAUACCAUCUUCAUUCAUUAUUUAUCAUAAAUGAAAGAUCCCAUGAAAGAUCAUCAGUGAGAAAAAGCUAUUUUAAGUGUGCAACAAUG